UUUUUUUUUUUGAUUUUCUUGUGGUCUUACUUUUGCUUUCCGCCUGUCGACGCGCACUGAGGCUCUUGUCGCAUUUGGACCAGCCCAAGCUAUCGCUCAACUGCUUCAGAUUUCGUGCUGAAAGGUCCACUUUUUGCGCCAUCCUCCACGUUUCGACCCACUUCCCCUCACCCUCGUUUCUUUUGGAGCAGCUGGAAAAACCAAUUGCAGGCAACUGCAGACAUGAACCAACUUGGGUCGCGAUGGUCAAACGAUGAGCUGGAAACCUUUUUUGAGCAGUUUCGGAAGCACCACCAAAACUUUGAGCGGAUUGCAAGCCAGCUGCCUGGCAGGACGGUCGCUCAAGUGAGUGCGCUGUACCGGCAGAACAAGUCUGUGCUGAGCUUUGCUACCGAGUUUUCCCAGUUCAAGAUGGUCAUGCAGGACUUUUACGACAACAAUCCCACCGACAUGAGCACGCCGUCCACCACCGCUGCUGCCCCUGCUACUGCUACUGCUGCUGCUCCAUAUGUGUCCCAACGCGGAACUAUCAAUGCUCUCACUCCCGUUAGCAACGGUCGCGCUGGCACGAGCGGGACUCGCGUCGUCCCAGCCCCAAACACGUCCACCGCCAUGCCCACGUACGAAACCCCAGUCUCGAGCGUUGGCAGCGCCCGUGGCACGAGCAGCCCAAGCCAGCGCUUUCAAAACCCACCGUCUAGUAGCUUGUCAUCCAUCCCCACAGCGGGCCCUGCACCAACCGUCCACGAAUUGGAGAUGCGAGGCGCCACUACCCUGCACAACCUGCGCUCGUCACAACGAGAGCUGUUUCCUGCGAGCCCACAGCAUCAGACACCGACACGUCGUGGUGCCGCCCUGGCCCUGGCUGCUGGUGGCAGUCCCGCCCCUCCCCGAAGCGAAGUGAGCGAAGGCAACGACGAUACGUCCAACAGGCGCUCCAGCUCUCGGCUGCGCAAUCGACCAGCCGCUCAACCUGCCGCAAGCAGCAGUAGCAACACGGGCGAGCGUCGCUCUUCUCCCCGCCGGAGAGCCACCAGCAAUGCACGCAACGAUGACGACGAAGACGACGACGAAGAAGACAACGACGACAACGACAACGACAACGACAACACCCAUCAGGGCAACGCUUCAGGCGACGCCUCGUAUGCACCGGCCUUGCACCCCUCGGCUGGCAUGAUGAUGCCUCCCAUGUUUUCAGUGCAGAUGCCCAUGCCACCGAUGAUGCCAUACAUGUCGCCCCGUCCGAUGAUGAUGCCUGCACAGGGCAUGUCCCCAAUGGGCUACCCGUACGGCAUGAUCCCUUAUGCAUCAUCCCCUUCACGCUACUCGAUGCCUUACGGCAUGAUGAUGCCAGGCGGAGGCCAGCCACAGUUUAUGCCCUUCCCGCGACCUGCGUUCCAAGGGUCGCCUGCGGGACCGAUGCCCAUGAACACGAAUGGCAUGGCUCCCGUGACGGUUGCAGCCCAUCCACGCGUGUCUGUCGACGUUAGGGCUGUACCCACCGUCAUGUCCAGCCAGCCCUUGGCAACGGCCGCGGCUGCAUCUCCGGCAGCAGGGCGCUCAGCCUCGCGCACAGACUGGCCAGUCAGUACAACGCCUCGCUCCGCCUCUGCUGCUGCUGCUGCUGCUGCUGUUGCGUCUCCUCGCACGAGUCCUCGCACGAGCCCUCGCACGGUUAAUGCUGCAGCAUCGGCAUCUCCCAAAAUCGUGGCAGCGGCCAAUGUCGCUGCAAAUCGCUCGGGUCGCGCGAGCUCGUCAGCGCCUCGUCGACCCGCUUCGCCUAGCAUUCCUGCCAAGUACGAAACGCUUGGCCGCGACUUGCUAAGUCGCAUUCGUCCGGCGUUGCGCCAGGCCACGGUGCGCCAGCAAGCAAUCUAUGAAUGGUUUUACAGCUCGCUGGACCACGUGCUGCUCCGCCCUGCCAAGAAUGAGUUUGAGCAGUCACUGGAGCGAUUCGGACUUGGCCAUGUCACUCACAUGACGCGUAUUGAGUGGGCAGCCUUCCGACGAAAGAUUGGCAAGCCGCGCCGAUUCUCCGCCGCCUUCAUUGAGGCUGAGCGCAACAUGCUGGAGCGACAGAGGACCAAGAUCCGAGCCAUCCAACAAAUCCAUGUCGCUGAGACUCCUGUGUCGUCCGAGCCUCUUCCGGAAGUUCCCAUCCCGGUCAUGAUUCCUGAAUUAAUUCGAGUCAACGAGCGAGUGACAGUGCGUAUUGCUGAAUAUCCUGAUCGGCUGUUCAACGGAACUGUACUGGCCGUCAACCCAGCCAAAUUCUGCUACCAAAUCAAAUUCGAUAAUCCCGGGAUUGAGCCGCGCUACAUCCCGGAUGUCGACGUCAUGAUGACCGGCCGCGUCCAGCUCAAUAAAGCGUCGUCUAUGGUUCGUGUUCGCAACACGACCAUCGGUGCGCGCUCCCGGAAUCGCAGGCGAGAGACUCUCGCCUUUGCGCCCAAGUCUAUGAACCAAGCUCUCUUCCAUUCUCCUCACAUGGAGCGCAAGAUUGACGACUCGAUCGGCGAGCACGUUUCCGAAGACGAACUCGCUGAAAUCCACAACCCUCACAACUAUGUGCUUGGCGACAUUCAAUACGUUGUCAAGCUGAACAAACUACUUAAAAUCAAGGAAAUUCUCACCAAGUACCUCGUCACGAUGAACCAAAAUGCGCUGCGCUGUGUUGGUGUUUCCGAAACGGGCAUUCCCCCUCAACUCAAGCAAGAGUACGCAUGGGUCAUGCUGCAGUUGCACGACUGCAACAAGGCGAUUGACUCGACGCUCGUUCAGCUCGAGAAUAUCAAGCAGCAGACUGCGGAGCACAAGGACGCUGGCAUGCCAAUCUCCGUCGAGUGCGAUCUGCUUGCAAAGUCGCUCUUUACUGCAUCCUGCAAGAAGAAUUCUUUGCAACGACAGCGCCAAGAAGAGGAGCAAGAACAUCGCGAAAACCUCGGACCUGAUGAAGCGGACGAGGAGGACGACGCAGAGCCUGCAUCGACGAAAAAUGGCGACAGCAACAUGGUGCAACAGCCUCUGCGACCCGCUGCGGCCAACGCGUCCAAAGCGGAAAUCCGUCGGGUGUCCGAGUACGCCACCAAUGCAAUGGGACUGCUUGCCCGAAUCCAAGCGUGCACCCGGCUUCCGCUCACGCGCUCUCAAGUUGAAAAGCUUCUCGAGCCCGCACUCGACUCCCUCCGCCCCACGGAUGCGAGCAACGAAGAGAUUUAUUUGCAAAUCGGCGAAGUUGUCGAGAAGCUGAUUCAACACGUCGCGAUUCCGGACUCUUAAACUAUUACAACCGUCAGGUGGUACCAGCACCGCUGCUACUACCACUACUUCUACUACUUUUACUACUACUACGAAUACUACUACUAACAGCACCCCCGCGUUUCCCAUCAUCGUCAUUUGUGCUGUCGAUGCUUCGGGUUACGUUCAAAAUUGUAUUGAUACACUUCUUCCACACAAUCCA